AUGUUGGAGUCCGAGAAACUUGAAUGGCUACGGAAAAAUCAACCAAAGCUUCGAGUGUCCAAGUACAACUCUUUAAAUGAAGAGGGAGAGCAGAGUCAAAAUCCAGGUUUAAGCAUGGGCAAAAGAGUUGUUUUGCCUUCGUCCUUUGUUGGCGGACGUCGGUUUAUGGACCAACUUUACUAUGACGGUAUGGCUAUAUGCAGUAAAGUUGGAUUUCCAGAUUUUUUUAUUACCUUUACCUGUAAUCCAAAUUGGCCUGAGAUUCAAAGAGUACUCGGACCUCUUCAUUUGAAGCCUCAAGAUCGACCGGAUAUCAUUUCAAGAGUUUUCAAAAUCAAGUUUGAUCAAUUGCUUACAGAUUUAACCAAGAAAGGAGUUCUUGGGAAAGUACUUGCUUAUAUGUAUACCAUUGAGUUUCAAAAGAGAGGAUUGCCUCAUGCCCAUAUAUUGAUCUUCUUGCAUCCUUCAAACAAAUAUCCAGGUCCAGAAGACAUUGAUAAGAUCAUCAGUGCUGAAGUGCCCGAUCCCGAAACACACCCUCGGUUGUAUAAAAUAGUCAAAUCUCACAUGGUUCACGGUCCUUGUGGUUUGAAAUUUCAACCUACGACUAUAGUGGACCAAGAUGGCUAUCCGGUUUAUAGGAGAAGAAACAACGGACACACAAUCGAAAAAAAUGGCAUCAUCUUUCAUAGUGGUCAUGUUGUUCCUCACAAUCCAAGUUUGUUGUUGAAGUAUGAAGCCCAUAUUAACAUGGAAUGGUGCAACCAAAGUACUUCUAUCAAAUACCUUUUCAAAUAUAUAAACAAGGGUUCCGAUAGAAUUUCAGCAAUCAUUCAAGGCCAAGACAAAAACAACGCAUGUUGGAGGAUAUUUUCUUAUUCCAUACAUGGCAGAAAACCAGCAGUAGAGAGAUUAUUUUUUCACAUGGAAGGUGAAAACUCUGUGUACUACAAAGACUACGAGCAGGUUGGUGAUGUGUUGCUCAAACCAAGUGUGACAGAGUCUAUGUUUACAGCUUGGUUCGAGACUAACAAAAUCUAUGAAGAGGGAAGAUCACUAACUUAUGGAGACUUUGUUUCUAAGUUUGUUUAUCAUAAACGAAGUCGAAGUUGGAAACCUAGGAAAAGAGGGUAUACCAUUGGUCGGCUCAUUUGGGUUCCUCAAAGCACUGGCGAGUUAUUUUAUUUAAGGAUGAUGCUCACCGUCAAAAAAGGUCCUCUAUGCUAUCAAGACAUCAAGACGGUUGACGGUAAAAAACUCAAAACUUUUAGAGAUGCAUGCUUUACGAUGGGAUUUUUACAAGAUGAUCGUGAGUUUGUCGAGGCCAUCAAAGAGGCGCAUCAUUGGGGUUCAGGUCCAUUUUUACGCAAGCUAUUCGUGACAAUGUUGCUAUCAUCAUCCAUGGAUAGACCCGACCAUGUUUGGAGAAAGACUUGGAGAUAUUUAUCUGAUGGCAUUCUUUAUGAUCAACGCGUUUUCACGGGAAAUCAAGAUUGGGUUAGUGGGUCGUGA